UGUUUGAGGGUGUGUGAAGUGAAGAGAAAUUAAUUUUGUUUGAAACCAAGAAGCAUAUUUCCUUAGAAAAACAAGUUUGAAUUGGCUAUUUUUGGGCACAAUCAUUAGUGGCCGACACUAAGCAGCAAAAAAUCGAAAAUCGAUUGUUUCAUAUUCAAGUGCUCCAUCGUUUUUUUCUGAAUAAGGAAAUAUGGCAAACGUAUGUGAACCAUUAACACUCGCCAAAGAUGUUAAACGUUCUAUUGAAUUGUUGGAAAAUCUACAGCGUAGUGGAGAAGUACCAGCAACUAAGCUGGCUGCACUACAGAAAGUACUGCAAAGUGAUUUUUUGAAUGCGGUUCGUGAAGUAUACGAACAUGUUUAUGAAACAGUGGACGUUCAGGGUUCGCUAGAUGUACGUGCUUCUGCAACUGCAAAAGCUACCAUUGCUGCUUUUGCGGCCAGCGAGGGGCAUGCUCAUCCGCGAGUAGUUGAACUGCCGAAAACGGACGAAGGUCUGGGUUUUAAUGUUAUGGGAGGAAAGGAACAAAAUUCCCCAAUAUAUAUUUCUCGUAUUAUCCCUGGGGGCGUUGCUGAUCGUCACGGUGGGCUAAAGAGAGGUGAUCAGCUGCUCUCGGUAAACGGAGUCUCAGUUGAAGGUGAAAAUCACGAAAAGGCCGUUGAACUACUAAAACAGGCUGUUGGAUCAGUCAAGUUGGUCGUUCGAUAUACUCCCAAAGUGCUGGAGGAAAUGGAACUACGAUUUGAUAAACAACGUGCCGCCAGAAGGCGCCAACAAUAUUAAUUAGUAAACUAUUUGUGUUCAUCAUGUUAAUCAUCUUUAGACUAUUGUAGGAGUGUAUCAUGUACGUUCAAAUCUCCUAUGUCUCAUAUAAAUGGGACUUCAUUAGCAUCAUUUUCAUGAUUUCUAAUAUUCGGAUAUUUCAUAUUUAUUAAAUGCCAUGCUUGUGUAUUUUCCAACCGUUUAUUUUCACUAACCAACGAACACCAUCUUGAAGAUUUUAGUUGAACAUCAGUGAAUAUGCUUUACAGCUAUCAAAGUUUAUCAAAUAAACCUUAUGUGUCGUG